UUUGCGUGAAAACGAAAAAUAUCGAAGUCGGUGCCAUCACAGCUCUGCUGUAUUGACGCAACGGAUCUCUCUGUUAUUCGUCCACUUUUCCCCUUUUGCUGCCAGCAAGCAAGCACGAAAUAAUAAGAUGACGGAUGAGUCUACUACUAACAAUGAAAGCGACGACGGUCCCAGAGAUGCUGAUGUAGCUGCUGCGCGCUCGGCUUUCAUUGAGUUUUCAUUUCAUGGUGGAGCCCAAGGACCUGGGACGGACAACACUAGCGCUGCUACAGACGCAGACACCAUGGCGAAUCCUGCUCCGACCAAUCAAGAUGUUCCUGCCGCUGCUGUUGGUGGGGAAAAUGCCAACACAAAUACCAAUCGUCCUCCUGGUGCCAUGCCUGGUGCCCCUCCAGGCCGAUUCUUUGUCGGUAGAGGCCAUCCUCACCACCACCGAGGAGGAAGGGGUCCCAUGAGAGGCGGCCCGAGAGAUCUACGAGGAGGACGGUUUGGCCCUCCUCAUCAGCGGAUUCACAUACGAUUAGACGGCCGUGGUGGACGAGGGGGACGAUUCCCCAUUCGAGCCACCGUCAACGGGAGAGCUCAUCCGGCUGUCCGUGUCAAUUUUCAUGGACCAAACCAUAAUAAUAGGCCUGCUUUCAAUACUGGCAACAACAACAACAAUCCACAACAACCCCGUCGUCAUGGUCCUCAUCCACACCAUCAAGUUCAUAUUGGAAACCGAUUACCCAGACUGCAACCACAGGUUGUCCCAGAAACGGGUCAACAGUUUAGUUCGAAUAAUGAAGGUGGCAGCAUCAAUGACAGUGACGUAGAUGAUGCCUUCAAAUGCUCUAUUUGCUAUGAUAUCAUGAACGAUCCCGUGGGCUGUGGCAAGUGUGCCGCACGAUUCUGCUUUGCUUGCUUGCGGAGAGUGACAGAGUUAGCACUCAUACAGCAACAACAACAACAACUACAGCAAGGGCUUCCUCCUGGGACUAACAACAACCCACCAAGGUGUCCUGUUUGCCGAUCCGAAAUUGCCGAUCCGGAGGAUAUUGAGCACGAUGCCAACUUGAGAGGCCGGAUUGAACAAUUGCCUCCCAUCCCUUGUCGCUAUCAAGGAUGCCCAGAAAUGAUUCGCAUUCAUCAUAUCGGCAACCACGAAAAUGUUUGCCCGCACGUCAAAGUCCAAUGCCGAUAUCAAUCUUUUGGUUGCCAAUGGACUGGGAAACGAGGCGACCUCAGUGCACACGAACAGAAUGACUGCCACUUGUCACGCGUCUCCGAGUUGGUGGAGAGAUUCCGAGAAACUCAAAUCCGCAUGGCACACCUCCACCAGACUGUCAUGGCCAAUGGCAGCAUGAUGGAACUCCAGAGGAUUCGCAUGCAAAGAGAAAGCAAUCAGGUCUCCAUUGGGAAUCUCUUCCAUCAUAUCCAAUUCGUGCACAUGUUGACAUGCUGCACGCCUCGCUUUCUGCUUUCCAAGGACAUUUGGGCUUCGUUUCAUGCCGAUCCCAUGGGCAGAGCUGUAGUGGCCAAUUUUUGUACACUGUUGCCAACUGCCAUCGUUACUGUCAAAACGAUGGCCGCAUUCUAUCGGCAAAUGAUUGUCGCAUCCCAUCACCUGCACGAAUCCGAGGACAGGCUAUUUGACUUUGUGGAUGGAUUAUCUCUUUUGUUAAUCCUGGGCUGUUUGGCGAUCAUUAUUGGCAUUGGGCUCUUUGCAGACCCAGCUGCGCCUCAUGUGUGGCAAACGUUGGCUCUCCCAUGGCCUCAGCGGUUGGGAGGUGCCCAACGCUUGGGCAGCACGCAUAUGAUACAAUACAUUGUGACAAUAGCCAUGCUGGGAACUCAUGCAUGUGCUUUGGACAGUGCAACCAAUACAUUUCGGGCAACUCUCAUGUGGGCUUGGUUGUGUUUGACUUCCACUUUUUUCCCGGCCGUCAUAGUUUUCAUGACGAUGGCCACCAACGGAAUGCCUUCAGCCGUGAACGACCAAUCGGCUCAAAUUGUGUUUCAAGCGGGAAGAGCUGUGCGGCCUCUGUGGUUUAGCUUUUGUUAUGCGUUUCCAUGUUUGGCCUUUGGGGUACUGCCCUGUCUCGAUGCAGCGGUGUUACUGUACGUGGGACGUGAAUUCGUGAAGCGAGUUCUGUUGGUAGAGCGCGUCCUUCAGGUUGGUGAAGGGGAAACAUUUGGAAAUGUCUUUACCAAUGUACCACUCCCUGCUUUCUACGUAUACAUUGGAGCUCGCGCGGCAAUGAGGGCAAAUGAAUUUCCUCGUGUGGAGUGGAUGCAGAGCUUUGACUUUGUCGCAGUUGCCAUUCUGGUUAUCACGACCAAGUGUCUUCUGUGGAGGACCAUCAAAGCUGCAACUCAGGUCGGCCUCUACAUUAUGAACCAAGCAAGGAUGCGAAGCAGCCCGCUUCGAUCGGAGACCAGUGGUUGUGGCACCGCCAUGUUUACCAUUUGGUGUCUCCUGUUGGGAGCCCUUGUGGUUACCUAGCGCUAGCAAGAUAGAACUUCACCACUGGACGAGGUCCAACACGAAAGGACCAUCAAGCCAAUCCAACCUCGCCUCUAGUAGAAGAGCACCGAUAAAAAUGUGCCAUGUGAACGCUAAUGAGCUGGUCUUCCGGUGCUAGUGCUGGAAAAGUGUAACACCGCGAAGACAAGCAGGGACCAUAUUAUGCAGCUAAGCAAAAUAGUUCCAUCUGCAUUGAUAGUGCAGUAUCCUUGAACUGAAGGAUUAUUGUUGCUACUGUAGCGUGAUGUACGAGUAGUGAUAAAGAAUUGUGUAGUUCUACAGGUUGAAUAGACGACUAUUCUAGUUGAGCUGAGAUGGAGACGGAUUAUAGAAUCCAUUCUGUGGGUACCCGGUAGUCUAGCCAUAGC